ACUCCACGCCUUCCUUCUGCGCGUUCGCGGCCAAUGAAUGUGCUCGGGCGCGCGCCUACGCCUGUGCAGCAUUCAUAAAGCGGUCAAGAGGUGCUGGAUAGAGCCAUGACAUUCUCCCAAAGCUGGCCGUGGUCGCCCCUGGCAACAGCGGACGCUUUGACUCAUCUCACUAAAAGUGUCCGAUUUCAUGGCUGAUGUGAGUGGGCAUGAGCUGAACAACACAGUGGUGCCCCAGUCAAGUUAGGAUUGGCUCAAUAAAAAAAAAAGCUUUUGUCUUGUGUCUUUUUUCUUCUUCAUGAAAUUGAAUCAGUUAAUUUAAAGGUCUUGUGUUUAAGAAUUAGUGACAUCUAGUGGUGAGACUGCUGAUUGUAACGUAAUAGAAGAGUUUUCCUUUCACCUCUCCCUUUUAUUCUCCUUUUCCCUCGUGUUUCAGGGAACUUUGGGGCCCUUCUUAAACUAGAAAGGAAGUAUCUCUUCUUCAACUGUGUAAUACUUCUUAAAAAUGCUCCAUCUGGUUGUGGCUUUUUUUCCACCUGGGCUGCCGUAGAAACAUUGUGGUAAAAGAUGGAGGCUAUAAAAACAAAUUCAUUUUAUUGGUAUAUAGUGGAGGAAAUGUUGUUUUGUACUUAUGAAUGACUGAGUCACUGAGUCUAAAUCAGACGAGGCACAUCAUUUUGUUGCUCUCAAUAGUUUUCUUGUUGGUACUGUUGCUGCCAUGGCAACUCACUCUUUAGCAACAAGUGCUCAGCAACACAGAUUCAUCACUCUGUCUGUCUGUGUGUGUGUGUGUGUGUGUGUGUGUGUAUACACUUGUGAGCUCAAAGGACUGAGCAGGACAACGAACAAACAUGCCUCCAAAGAAAAAGCCUAAAAAGACAAAAAAGACCACAAAGAAGAUCCAAGAAAGAAUUGCAGCAGGUGACAAUGAUUUGGAAGCAAAGUAUAGACGUGGUGUUCUGGAUAUAGCCAUCCUCCAGGAUCACAUUGCUUUACAGUGUGAGUCUGUGAAGAUGGUCCAGUCUGACAGAAUUGACCUGAGGAGACGCAUGAGAGACAUGGAGCAGAAGCUGGAGCAUGAAAGACAAGACUACAGGGACGUCAACUCUGACUUUAGUCGCCAGUAUAAAACCAUGCAGAUCGAGUUGACCAACAAGGUGAAGAGGCUGGAGACGGAGGUCAACGAGCUAAAUGAAGAACUCGCCUUAUGUCAGGAGGUACUGAGGAGGGAGAAAAGAGAGCGUCAGCAGAUGGAACAGGAGAAGGACGCCACCAUAGCUGACCUCCGACACAAGCUGGACAACAUGGAAAUAGACUAUGAGAAGAUCCUGCAUCCCCAUUUUCUGAUUGCGAUAAAGUGAGAUCAUCCUUGUGUGAACCCAAUCUCCUGUUCAGUAAAAAUGAUGGACAGGGUGUAUUACAUCACCGUAAUGUCAGGUCAGUGUUAACAUGAGCACUUUGGACACAGAGCGGUGAGUCCAACCUUGUCUCUGCUAUAACAUCUGUCACACUCUGCACGACAAGUCAGAUGGGGUGGGUUUUUUGUCUUUAAAUUCUGGCUUAAUUUCUGUUUAGUGACUAUUGGGCUUGACUUAGUUGUGUCUGAUUGAUUGCAUUUUGCUGAGCGUAGCAGUCAUUCAACGAGCGUCCAAUUCGUAAUGGCCAGUCUGUGUAGAAUUUGCUGUUUAUUCAAAAUUUAAAUGGCCUUUUAUCUUUGUAUAUCAACUACGAUAAAAAUAACUGCAGGUUGUAUUUUGUUAUGCCACGAGCAGCUACCAAAGUCAAACAUUUUAAAACCCAUAUUAAAAGAAUAUAAACCUAAGAUUUACUGAAUCAGGUCAGAUAGUCGAGCCCAGAGUUCAAUCCAAUUAUGGUGAAGCAGCAGAAUUGCGGGUUAAAAGCAUUUCUUUUCUCAUAUACUCAUGAUGAUGAUUUGCUGCACAGUACAUUCUUUUAUAAUUCUAAAGCAAAUUAUUCUUUUAUAUUGCACUCAUAUUUCUCAUAUUUUAUGCUCUAUGUCAGUUUAACUUUCUGCUUUGCUUUCUCUCUUCCUGCACUACCUUUUAAUUUUUUUUAUAUAAUAAUUGGGUUUUGUUUUAGUGUUUCCAAAUUUUAACUGUUAUUUUUGUUUAUGAAAUGUGCUAUACAAAUGAUGCUGCCCUGCCUUGCCAUGCCUAAUAUCAUAAUAAAAUCUGUGAGCUUUC